UCGUCCUUCUUCCUGUGUUCUGCUGCUGACCUCUUGCCAACCACAAAUAACGUUAAAAUAUGGAGCAAAGAGGAAGACCCCUUCUUGCAAGCAGUGUAGAGGAACUCUUUGCACUCCAAACCAUAUUUUGACCGGAUUCCUUAAAGCGCAGGGAGAAGACCAAUACAAGUGGAAAUACGACACGGUCCUGACAGAAUUCACUAACUGGACUACCUCCAGAAGGUUAAGGCCAACGAAGAGCAGUUAUUACUUCCCAAGAGUAUCAUAUUCCUAAGGUGACAAGGCUCUUGCAGCGAAAGCAACGGAAGAGGACUUUUUAAAAAAUAUUUUGCAUCCAGCCUCAAACUAGGAGAUGCAGAUAAACCUGAAGAGUAGACUCGUCUUAUCAGAGGAGAAUGCAAUGACAUCACUCUGACCAGACAUGUUCCUACUAUCUAGCAGUGCAAAAACACUCAUCGUAGUGGAAUUCACAUUGACUUGACAUUUCCCACCACCUGAAGUAAACCAAACAUAAGAACUUGGUCGAUCAGGUGUUUGCCAAGCAUGCGGCUUCACUCUCUGUUGAAAUGGGCAGGUUUCUAACUAGAUCGGGGCGCUAUUUCCUCAGGAAGAUCGGUUUGGAACACAAACACCUGAAAAAGCCACCAACUAUCAUGAUAAUUAGCCAAGAAAUCAUUACUACAUUAGAUGCAUUGAGCAAGAAGUUGUAAUUAAUUACAAAUCUACCGAUUAGAUCAUUUCAACAAGUCUACCAGGGGCGACAACUCUAAAACUCAAAUCAAAAAGUUGACAACACUGAACUCUUAAUUGCUAUAGCAUAACAUGUAUAAUACACAAACACCUGAAGAAAGCCACUAACUAUCAUAAUAAUUAGCCAAGAAAUCACUACUACAUUAGAUGCAUUGAGCAAGAAGCUGUAAUUAAUUACAAAUCUACCGAUUAGAUCACUAUUUAAAUUUCAACAAGUCUACCAGGGGAGACAACUCUAAAACUCAAAUCAAAAGCUGUAAGUUGUUGUAGACCAAUGAUGUAUAACCAACACGUUAAUGAAACAGAAGAAAGUUGUGUUCCCUCACUAGAAGUCUGUCCAAUAAGACCUGUAGAUGGUUGUACAUGUGCUGAAGGAUAUGUAUUAGAUAAUAACAAAUGUGUUCUCCCUCGAGACUGUGGCUGUUGGUACAACAAUUCUCUCUAUAUUCAGCUUGGUGAAACAAUACAUUUACCCGGUUGUAAUACAAUGGUCCAAUGUCGUAAGGUUGCAACAGGCAAAAGAAAUCUUGUAAUAACGAAUUUACCUGACGGCUGUGGUAACAACUCUAUGUGCAUUCUAAAAGACCACAAAUACCAAUGUAUAUGUGAAGAAGGAUUUGCUCGCAAUAAGAAUGACACAUUCUGUCUUAAAAUACCAGAAUGUGGUGAUCAACCAGUGGAUGUUGUAUUUGUGGUGGAUGUCUCUGGCAGUAUUAAUGUUACCGGACUGAACAGUACCAAACAUUUCCUCACACAUUUUAUUAACUCAACAAACAUAGGAAAGAACAACAUGCAAAUUAGCAUCUUGUUGUUCAAUGAUAAACCUCACAGCUUAUUUCAGUUGAACAGAUACACAGAGAAAAAACAGAUGCUUGAUGCUGUCUAUAAGAUUGGACCACCCGAAGGAACUACUUACCUGGGACGGGCACUUGUGUUUGUUGCUUUGGUCAGUUUGCAAGAGAAAAUGGGUGCUAGAGAACAUGUGAACCGAGCUGUUGUUAUUUUGACAGAUGGUGUUCUCCAUGAUGCGGAGAGAGCUGAAAGAUGGGGUGCACUGCUUAGAAGACAAAAGAAAGCGGAACUGUUUGCCAUUGGUGUUGGAGAAGCUGACCCAGCACAACUACAAAGAUUAACUAGAAACAGAAAUAAUGUUUUUUAUGUUCGAGAAUAUGUUCAGUUGAAUGGAAUUAUGGAUAUCUUACUGCAGAGUGUCUGUAUGUAAAGAGUAUUAACCAAAAUAUUUUGGAUACAGAACAAAAACUGUAAUAUUUUGUUAUAUUGGAUUUUGAAACUUACAUUCAGAAGAGGGGUUUAUUUUUACUUUUUUUAUCUUUUAUUUUUAGUUAUAAUUAACUUUAUAGGAUUUGAGAUUAAUGUGACUAUGUAUAAUAUUAAACAUUCUAUAAUAUAAAACACUCUAUUUAUUCUGAUAUCUGGUUUAAGUAGAUCCUCUCUUACAUAUCAGAGAAUAAAAUACUAAACUAAAGCAAAUCAAUCAACUCAUUAAUCAUAAUCAUCUUAACGACUCUAAUCAAAACUAUAAUAUCAAAGCUAACCCAUCAUUACUAAACUAUCGCUAAUACUGAAAUUAUAACCACUCAGUACAUGAGAUUCAGUUCAUCACUAGUAACCAUAUACUAACAAUAACCAGUCAAAAACAAUUGUCCUAUCUUCAAAGACCACAUCUUACCAUCAUUCUAAUCUCCAAUCAUGCUAACCUAAGCAUACAGUAAGUCCCAACAUGGUCUUGUUCCUAAAAGCUUCAUGCUAACUAUAUUGACGCUGUAAUGAUAAUAACAAAAAUUAAUCUUGUCAAUUCGAACAUUGGCUAAAGAA